CCAUCCCCGCAGUCUCCUGGCCCCCAUUCUCUCGCACCCAAGUAGGAGGGCGGCAGCUGCCCGCUCCCUCCUCCCACACCCCCGCUACCUGCCCAGUCCCCCGAAGCGAAGCGUGAGGAGGCUGCGAGCCAGUCGGGCGAGCCCACAACUUUGCAGCCUCGGGGAAGACCAGGGUUGGCGUCCGGGGCUCCUCCUGUCGCGACUGGAGCUCGGAAUGUAAUCGAGGAUGCUGGCCUUGCGGCUGCUCAACGUGGUGGCCCCCGCCUACUUUCUUUGCAUUUCCCUGGUGACCUUCGUACUGCAGCUCUUCCUCUUCCUGCCCAGCAUGCGUGAGGACCCUACAGCCACCCAGCUCUUCUCACCUGCCGUACUUCACGGGGCGCUCUUCCUGUUCCUCUCAGCCAAUGCCUUGGGCAAUUACGUCCUGGUCAUCCAGAACUCCCCAGACGACCUGGGUGCCUGCCAGGGAACCUCGUCCCAGAGACCUCAGUGCCCACCACCCAGCACCCACUUCUGCCGAGUGUGCUCCCGAGUCACGUUGAGGCAUGACCAUCACUGUUUCUUCACCGGCAACUGCAUCGGCAGCCGGAACAUGCGCAACUUCAUCCUGUUCUGCCUCUACACCUCAUUGGCCUGCCUUUACUCCAUGGUGGCCGGAGUGGCCUACAUCUCAGCUGUCCUUUCCAUCUCCUUCGCCCACCCCCUGGCCUUCCUCACGCUCCUGCCCACUUCAAUCAGCCAAUUCUUCUCCGGAGCUGUCCUCGGUUCUGACAUGUUCGUCAUCCUCAUGCUCUACCUCUGGUUUGCUGUCGGCCUGGCCUGCGCCGGUUUCUGCUGCCACCAACUGCUGUUGAUCCUCCGGGGGCAAACCCGCUACCAGGUUCGAAAGGGCGUGGCUGUGAGAUCCCGGCCCUGGCGCAAGAACUUACAAGAGGUCUUCGGGAAAAGGUGGCUGCUUGGCUUGCUGGUCCCCAUGUUCAAUGUCGGCGCAGAGAGCUCGAAGCAGCAGGACAAAUAGCUGGCAAGCACUCCUGCCAUUUCUCUCAGUUUCUCCUGAACGCGCUGAGACUGAAGCCGAUGUUCUGCAAUGUCCAGUGGGUGGCCACAGUAACCCCAGCCACUGCCCAAGAAGAGUGUGAAUUGCUGGAGUGAAAGGAUAUUACUCAGGCUCGGCUUUGGCGCCCUCCAGAGGGCUAAUGUAGUAAUGGCUUUCCUGCUCACAGGUCCUACUUCAGCAGGUAUUCUUUCGGGCCCUCCCUCCCCCCCCCCCCACCCGUUUGCUCAUACUCUAUCCUUUCAUCCUAGCUAUCUGUAUCAAGCACUGGCAAUCCAGAUGCCCACCAUCGGGGGUGGGGGAGGGGAGAUGACUCCUGCCAUUGCACUCUGUUUUCCUGGCAGUCAUUGCAGGUGGCCCCCUGUAGAAGAAUGUUGUGGUAGGGCUGAAGGGGAGCCCAGGCUUCCUCAGUGGAAGAGCCACUCGAGGUAUCUCCACUCACAGUUCUGGGCACUCCUUUAGCAACAUGAAGAAACAAGGGAGGGGAGAUGUCCGGACAGUUCAGGCCUUAGAGCUCUCUUGACCAUAGAAUCCAAACUUGAAAGCCAGCCCUACGUUGUCCAGGCUCAGUACUACGGAGCCUGACAUCCCAGGGGGAAAAGGGAAUACUUCCGGUGGCCAGCCCUUUAAACGCUGGUCAGGGAUGGAGAGGCUGUGGGGAGACUGCCAGGUGUGGUACUUGAGUAGCAUUUGAACACAUGGCCUCUGUUGUUAAUGAAGAAUAUUAAUAAAAUAUGUGGU